AUGACUACUAUAACAACAACAAUAACAUUUCAUUCAAUAUUCAGAUCGAUAUAUAUUAGACAAUUGAUAUUCAAACAUAUCGGUGAUAUACAAAAUCAUUUGUAUCGACCCGAUGAAAAAGAUAAAAGGAGGAGUAUUAGUGAUGAUAGAGGAAGACCAAGACAACUAUUAAAAGGAAGGGAUAUCAUCAAAUUACCUCGUCUAGAAAUGAUAUCAAAGUUUGGAAUGCCUUGGAACUUUCAAUGUCAUUACCUACCUAAAGAUUGUAAUCAAAUACUACUCAAUAGAAGAAGAUUAGCAAUCACUCAAUACUGUUGUCACCGUAAUGCAACAUUGGAUACACUGAAACAUCUAUUGAAAUGGUCGACUGACUUUGAAUUUAAGUGGAAGUACUUGAAUGACACAAUAGAUAGAAAUAGUAACAAAAAAAUUAAUCAAGAUGUAUUAGAGUAUCUAAUCAAGAUAUCUCCUAAAAAGAACGUAUUUUUAGACACGGCAAUGGAUGUGGCAUGCAAGAGCGGGUAUCUAUCUGUUGUAAAGAUGUUAUACUCGACCAAAGGUAUAAAAUUCAAUAGAGUACACAUGACCUUGGCUUGUCAAGCACCUUCGAUUGAUAUAGUAAAGUAUAUAAAUGAUAGUGGAAUUGGAAAUUGUGAAGAUGCAAUGGAUGAAGCUGCCGAGAUUAACUCUUUAGAGAUUGUAAAGUUUUUUCACUUUAAUACAACUCAAGGUGCAUCAACUUGGGCUAUGGAUUGGGCAUCAAUGCACGGUCACAUUGAAAUGGUCAGGUUCCUUUCAGAGCAUCGUAGUGAAGGUUCAACAACCAGGUCUAUGGAUUGGGCUGCUGAAAAUGGACACAUUGAUGUGGUAAAGUACCUUCAAGAGCAUCGCAGUGAAGGUGCAUCAACCAGUGCUAUAGAUAGGGCAUCUCGUAAUGGCUACAUUGAAGUGGUAAAGUACCUUUAUGAGCAUCGUAGUGAGGGUGCAACUACCAAUGCUAUUGAUGCUGCAGUUCUAUUUGGCCACUUUGAUGUCGUAAAGUACCUUUAUGAAAAUCAAAUUGAAUGUGAUGCAACAACAAACAUUGAUAUACAUAUAGGAGAUGAUGCCAUAUCAAAAGGAGGCAUUGAAAUGGUCAAAUAUCUUGUUGAAACUGUCAAGGCAAAAUGUACACCAGAGACUGUGGGUGCAGCAUUGAGACACGAUAAAUUGGAUAUCUACCAGUAUCUCUAUGACCGUUUCUCGGCUGACAGUAGUAUUUGGACAAAAGAUAUAAUGAAUUAUGCAGCUCGAUAUGGCUACAUUGAUAUUUUAAUGCAUCUUCAUGAGCACAAAUGCAAAGGUGCAACAACAAGGGCUAUGGAUUGGGCAUCUCAAAAUGGACGCAUUGAAGUUGUAAAGUUCCUUCAUGAGCAUCGUAGUGAAGGUGCAACAACCGAUGCUAUGGAUAUGGCAUCUCAAAAUGGACACAUUGAAAUGGUCAAAUUUUUACACGAUAAUCGUACUGAAGGAUGUACAAAAAGGGCACUCAAAUAUGCUUGUCGCAAUGGACAUGUAGAAGUAGCUAAAUUUCUAAUCAAUACCAGAAAUGAGAAAUGCAAUGAAAAAAUACUAGGGCAUCGUGACAUUAUAUGGUCCAACCAUUGUGAUGAUAUUUUCAAGCUGAUUCUUCCUCUAUUCGUAGGUCGAGAUGGAAUAGAAUCAAUUAAAAGUGUCAUCACACAAAUGAGACGUAAGCAAUGUUAUGAGGCCAAACAAUUACUCAGAGAUUAUUUACAACAACUAAAAGGUGAUAGUGUAAUAAUAAUAAUGACUACAACAACUACAACAAUCACAUUUCAAUCAAUAUUCAGAGCUAAAUAUAUUAGACAAUUGAUAUUCAAUCAUAUUAGUGAUAUAUCAAAACAACUCAACACAGAUGUUUAUUUUAAGAGGAGUGAUGAUAGACGACCACAACGGUUAUUAAAAGGAAGAGAUAUCAUCAAGUUACCUCGGCUUGAAAUGAUAUCACACUUUGCAAUGCCUUGGCACUUUCUUUGUCAUUAUCUACCUAUUGAUUGUAAUCAAAUACUACUCAAUAGAAGAAGAAGAGUGAUCAGUGAAUACUGUCAUCAUCCAAAUGCAACAUUUGAUACACUUGAUCAUCUAAUGAAAUGGUCAACUGGAUUGGUAUUUAAAUGGAAGUACUUUAAAGAUGUAGUCUUGGGAAAAUUCUUUUAUAAAAUACAUUUUAAUCAAGAUGUAUUAGAGUAUCUAAUCAAGAUAUGUCCUUUACAGAAUAGAUUUUUGUAUCAAGCAAUGAAAGAGGCAAUCAAAAAUGGGUAUCUACCGACUGUAAAGAUGUUACACUCGACCAAAGGUAUAAAACUCGAUAGUACUCACAUGGAAAUUGCUUGUAGAUCAUCUUCGAUUGAAGUAGUAAAGUAUAUACAUGAUAGUGGAGUUGAAGAAUGUCAAGAUGCAUUGGAUGAAGCAGCAAAGAAUAGUUUAGAGAUUGUAAAGUUUCUUCAUUUCAAUCGUAGUGAAGGUGCAUCAAUCAGGGCUAUGGAAAAUGCCGCUGAAAAAGGUCACAUUGAAAUUGUACGGUUCCUACAAGAGCAUCGUAGUGAAGGUGCAUCAGCCUUUGCUAUGGAUUGGGCAGCUGAAAAAGGUCACAUUGAAAUUGUACGGUUCCUACAAGAGCAUCGUAGUGAAGGUGCAUCAAUCAGGGCUAUGGAAAAUGCCGCUGAAAACGGCCACAUUGAAGUUGUAAAGUACCUUUAUUUCAACAGAACUGAGGGUGCAUCAACCAGGACUGUCGAUUAUGCGGCUAAAAAAGGAAAUGUUGAUGUUUUAAAGUCCCUUUACCAACAUCAACGUAGACAUUUAUCAACUCUGAUGGAUUGCGCACUUAAAUUUGGCAACUUUGAUUUCUUCAAGUAUCUUUAUGAAAAUCAAACUAAUCAUGCAAAAACUAUGAUUGAUAAAGAUGAUGGUGUUGUAUCAAAAGGAGGCAUUGAAAUGGUAAAAUAUCUCGUUGAAACUGUCAAAGCAAAAUGUACAAAAUAUACUCUCAGUGCAGCAUUGAAAUAUGUUAUGGACAGUGCAGCUCGAUAUGGGUACAUUGAUAUUGUAAAACACCUUCAUUUCAACCGUAGUGAAGGUGCAACAACCGAUGCUAUGAAUUAUGCAUCAAGGAAAGGUCAUAUUGAAAUUGUAAAGUUCCUUUCAGAGUACAGAACUGAAGGUGCAACAACAUGGGCUAUGGAUUUUGCAGCUAAAAAAGGUCAUAUUGAAAUUGUCAAAUUUUUACAUUUUAAUCGUAGUGAAGGAUGUACUGAAGGGGCGCUAGAGAAUGCUUGUCGCAAUGGACAUGUAGAAGUUGCAUCAUUUCUAAUCAAUGUAAGAAAUGAGAAAUGCACCGAAAAAAUACUUGGAUAUAGAGAUGUAUUGUGGAAUCACUAUGAUGACAAUGGUAUACUCAAGUUGAUUCUUCCUCAUUUCGUAGGUCGAGAUGGAAUAGAAUCAAUUGAAAGAGUCAUCACAAAAAUGAGACGUCAGCAAUGUUAUGAAGCCAAACAACUACUCAGAGAUUAUUUACAACAACUUAAAGGUCGUCAUGACCAAGAUAAUAAUCAACAACAAUCCCUUCCUCCUCCAUAUCCCCUAAAUAAUAAUAAUAAUCCGACAAAUCAAAUAGACCGGUCCCAAAAAUUCCAAAACAAAACCUAA